AUGUCCAACAAGCUGCGUAUCUUUGUGCCCGUCAAGCGAGUAAUUGAUUUCGCUGUCAAGCCCCGAGUCAACAAGGCCGGCACCGGCGUCGAGACCACUGGAGUCAAGUUCUCCAUCAACCCCUUCUGUGAUAUUGCUGUCGAGGAGGCUCUUCUGCUCAAGGAGGGAAACAAGGAUCUGGUUGAGAACAUUCACGUGGCCUCCGUCGGUCCCUCCAAGGCCCAGGAUAUCCUGCGACAGGCUCUGGCCAAGGGUGCUGACGACUCCACUCUGGUGGAGAUGGGUCCCAAGGACACCGAGCUUGAGCCUCUGGGUGUGGCCAAGGUGCUCAAGAAGCUGAUUGAGGAACAGAAGUCCAACCUGGUCAUUCUCGGAAAGCAGGCCAUUGACGGCGACAACGGCCAGACCGGUCAGAUUCUCGCUGGUCUGCUCAAGUGGCCCCAGGCCACCCAGGCCUCCAAGGUGUCUGUCAACGGCGACAAGGUCGAGGUCACCCGAGAGGUCGAUGGUGGUGUCGAGACCGUCGCUGCCAAACUGCCCAUGAUCAUUACCACCGAUCUGCGACUCAACGAGCCUCGAUACGUGACUCUGCCCAACAUCAUGAAGGCCAAGAAGAAGCCCCUCAAGGUGGUCAAGAUCAAGGACUUUGACGGCGUUGCCAACCGACUCGAGACCCUCAAGGUUGCCGAGCCUGCCAAGCGACAGGCCGGUGUCAAGGUCGAGAACGUUGAUGAGCUGGUCGGCAAGCUCAAGGAGACUGGUACUCUUUAA